AUUAGUUCUUACACAUAUCUCCUCUCCACCCAUCUCACAUCACCAUAUAUUACACAAUACAAUUUCCUAAAUAGUUUUCACUCCUUCAAUAUACACACAUAUUUGUAUGUAUUUUGAUACUCAACAGUAUUCUCACAUUACAACACCAAGCGAUAAUGUUAAGAGUAAUCUGGUUGGUGGUUAUAUUCAUUUGCUAUAUAAAUGGACAGACGUCCCACACAGCACCGUUACCGUUUAUAUUGGGUAACAUUACAGAAAUUGGUGAUUUUUGCAAGAACUUUGAGGGAUUCAUAAGAAUGCCACUUGACUGCCGAAAUGCCUUUCAGUGCACUAGGACAGUGGCACGGGCUUUACCUACCUGUCCUAUUGGACAAGUCUUCAGUUUACAGAAACACGUUUGUGUUGAUAUUUCCGAUACAUUUAAUGACUGUCAAUUUUCUGUUGAUUGGAAAGGGUGUCUGCUAAAGCAAUCAUAUAUCGACUACAUUGCUGACUUUAUUGAAAUCCAAUACGAAGUUCUACACAACAGUCCGGCAAAGAACCAGUUUUUUUAUGAAGUGGAACUAACUUUAAUCAACCAAGGGUUAAAAACUAUUGUUCGAGGAGAAUGGAAAAUCUACUUCUGCAACAUCAUGAGAAUAUCUUCUACUGAUUUGGACAAAGCCUAUGGUGUAAUGUUUGAACACACACAAGGUUGCCUGUACGAAUUAUCUCUAACAAAACACUUCAAGCCGAUUUAUCCAGGUCAGUCAUUCAAGAUACGAUACUGGGUCGAGAACUGGUCAGUGGCCAAAACUGACGUAAUGCCAAACUGGUUUGUGAAAGCCAAGAACUUAAAAUCGCGUGUUUUAAAAAGUACUGCUGGUGAAAGCUUAAAUUUCGUGAAACCUUUUAACAAACCCAACCAGUACAAAAGGCAAGGUCCUUUGGAUAAAUUCCACCCUUAUUCUCCAAGUGAACGUUAUGGUGUAAACGCAUUACCAACAGAAGUGCAUCAAAAGAAGGCAGCUGAAAGAAUUAUACCCAAGCCUCAAAUGUACAUAAGAAAUUCUCACAAACAAAUGCUUAUCCAUCCAAAUGAUUGGGUGAUUGUAACAGCAAAAGAAACUAUUGAUGAAGCACAGUUCCUCUCAGACAAGCUAAAGGUUCCAGUCGUAGAGAAAGUGUCGGCUCUGAAGAAAUUUAUUUUCCUCAGCGUUGGAAAAUUGCAUUUCAUUGGCGACGGAUCUAGACCAGACACAGACGAAGAUUACGAGAUAACAAUUCAUGAAGGCGAUGAGAAAAUCCUGAUAAAAGGUGUAGGUAAAGCAGGUGUCUUCUACGGUAUACAAUCACUGCUCAGUUUGAAGACGGGAAACCCCACCAACGGCUACACCGUGCCCAUAGCCUUCAUCAGAGACAGACCUCGCUACUCUUAUCGUGGAGUUCAGAUCGACGUGGCUCGGAAUUUCCACAGUAAAGAGUGUAUCCUCAAACUGAUUGAAGCUAUGGCUACCUACAAGAUGAACAAGUUACAUCUGCAUCUCACCGAUGACGAAGGAUGGAGGAUCGAGAUCCCAGGCCUACCCGAAUUGACAUCGAUUGGCUCCAAACGAUGUGACGAUAUGACGGAGAGAAUAUGUCUGAUGUCACAGCUUGGCUCUGGUCCCAAUAUGAACUCAUCAGUGAAUGGUUACUACACAGUUCAAGACUAUCAGGAAAUUCUUAAAGCAGCCAAAAAACAUUAUAUUGAAGUUAUACCCGAGCUAGAUAUGCCCGGCCAUGCCCGUGCCGCCAUAAAAUCAAUGGAGGCGCGGUCCAAAGCAAUCAGUGGAAGCACGGGUUCAAUGUAUUUACUGACCGAUCCUAAUGAUACAUCACGUUACCAGUCUGUGCAGAUGUUCAGUGACAAUGCCUUAAACCCAUGCGUGACAGGGAGUUUCAGAUUUCUGACCCAUUUACUGAACGAACUAAAGGCCAUGCAUAAACCUAUCAUGCCGCUGAAAAACUAUCACUUUGGAGGAGACGAAGUAGGAGAUGGAGCUUGGUUGAAGUCACCCGCUUGCCAGAAACUAUUGAAUUCAUCUAUUUUUACAACCAGUAAGAUAAAACAUUAUUUCGUCUCUAUGGUUAGCAACUUAACUGCACCUCUUAAUCUGGACAUCUCCGCUUGGGAAGAUGGACUAAUGGACACUAGUGAACAAGUGUUUCCGAGAAAUUCAUUACAAAAUAGAAAUGUAACAGCUUAUGCUUGGGACAAUAUAUGGGAAUGGAACAAGGCCAGCCGUGCAUACAAGUUCGCCAAUGCUGGAUAUAAGGUUGUGAUGGCACAAGCUACUCAUCUAUACUUUGACCAUCCAUAUGAACCGGACCCGGAAGAAAGAGGAUAUUACUGGGCAACAAGAUUUAUUGAUACCCGAAAAACUUUUGGUUUCCAACCAGGAAACAUUUACGCUAACAUCGAUAUGAAACGAAAUGGAGAAAAACUAACUCAUAGAAGUGUGUGUGGGCCGAGCGGAAACUUGUGUGAAAAACUCAGCAAACCUGACAAUAUAAUCGGUCUGCAGUGUAAUGUGUGGAGCGAAUCAGUAAGAACAGAUGAACAAGUUUUUGAAAUGUUUUUCCCAAGAUUACUGGCAGCUGCAGAGCGAGCAUGGCAUGAAGCAGACUGGGAGAAAACUGGAACUCAACAACUGAACGAAACUUCUGAUUUUACUGAGUUUAUAUCUACAGUUGGUUACAAAGAAUUACAUCGCUUGGACAUGAUGGGAAUCACGUAUCGAGUACCGCCACCUGGUGCCUAUAUUGAUCGUUUUGGUCAGAUUCAGGCCAAUUCAGCAAUUCCAGGCUUGAAAAUUGAGUUUAGUUCUGACAGACAAAAUACUUGGACUACUGUUGAUAAACAGUCGAAAGCGUAUCCAGGUCAGAAAUUAUAUCUAAGGACAAGGUCUGCAGAUGGCAAACGAACUAGUAGAGUAGUCAGCUUCACUGUUCGAUAAGGCACACAGGAUAUAUUUCUCUUCGAUGCAUUCAUCCUUAGAGAAACACAUGCACAAAUAUAUUUCUUAAAGUGCCGGCGUAUUUUGAAAAUGUCAUACCUGAUAUUUAAACAAUCUUCAUAUUUUCAAGAUUAAUAUAAAAUUAUUUCCUGAAUUACGAUAGUUGUAAGUCUUGCAUCAUUCAAGAAAUUUCUAAUAGAUAUCAAACCUAGUUUUACUUUCUUUUAAUUUUCAACUAUAGUUGUAUAUAAUUUGGUGACAUUUCUCUAGUCUAUAUUUUUAAAAAAAAGUGUGAAUGAAAUAGCAGUUUUUAAAAUUUAGUUCCGCUGCCCUAACGAUGUUUACUCUCGGUGUUUAGAUUUAUUACGUGGAGAUAAUUUAAGCUUCAUCGAUAAUUACGUAGAUAAUCAGGACUGAUUGACAAGACAUUAUCCCUCGAUACUAAAAGAAAGCAUGAAGUCGAAAUGACUAAAAAAAACUGCUAUUUCAAUCCCAAUACUUCUUUCGCAAUGACAGAGAAAAGGCGUGUCGCCAAAAUAUACUACUACAUUUAAAAAUUGAAAGGCAGCAGAAUUAAAUUCAAUAUCAUCGCUCAAUUUCAAGAUCAAUGCAUGCAGCACAUGAGCGGAACUUAUAUAAUUCAGAAAUAAAUCUCGUAUUAAUGGAUAUCAAAAAGUGAAGAUAUCUAAACGUCAAGUGCGAGAUUUUCAACAAAUACCAACACUUCAAGAAAUACAUUCUAGAAUCCUGGAAAUAAAUUUAAAUGACUUUACCACCAACAGAAAUGUUAUGAAAACAUACACAUAAUUUAUCAAAUUUUUGAGAAUUUAUCAAACAUAAUCAACCUUACAGAAACAAAAAGUUACGCCCGUUUAUGCUACAUUUUAUGUACAUGCGCAACCAGAAGUUUAUUUUAGCUAACUAUAUUCCAAAACAUAUGGAGGUUUUUAAUUUGUCUUAUGAUUGCUACAGGUAAAGAUUUUUCUAAAGGAUGAAAAUUUCAAGUCGGAUAUGUUAAUUAAAAGUGCUACACCACAAUAUAUAUAUAUAUA